AUGUCGGUCACGGCGGGAGUGAGCGAUGCUGCAAUUGCUACAAGGGAGAAACUACGAGGUGGGAUCGGACGGACUAAAGUGAGAAGAUAUUGGCCUGGAAAAGCUCCCAAGUGGGCCGAAGAAGAUCAUGAUGAUGAUGUUUUGGAUGGAGCUUUUCAAAAGCAUGAUGAUCAUGAUUCCGGUUCUUCUAUGAAUAAGGAUGAUCCAAGGCUGCGCCGUUUAGCUCAGAGCAGAGGUGAAAACCGUGAACAAGCUAGAGCCGAUCAUCGGCGAGUUAGACAGCCGGCUGAGAUUAUAUCUACAGAAGAAGAGUUGAUGAAUCAAGAGGGUAGUGAUGAUGAGGAAGAUGCCCUUGAAGAAAGAAGAUCAAGAAUCAGAGAAAAAUAUCUUAAAAGAGGAGCUCAAGAAGAGGCUGAUCUACUUCCUGUAGAAGAAGAAGAAGAAGAAGAAGAGGAGGAGUCCGAGUACGAGACUGAUUCAGAGUACGAGAUGUUCGGUAUCACCAUGAGCAGGCCUGUCUUUGUACCAAAGGCUGAGAGAGAUACGGUAGCGGAGCGUGAGCGACUCGAGGCUGAAGAAGAAGCUCUUGAGGAGUUAGCAAAGAGGAAACUAGAGAUGAGAACAGCAGAGACAAAGCAAAUAGUGGUUGAGGAAGUUAGGAAAGACCAAGAGACACAGAAGAGCUUGCUCUUGGAAGAAGCAAAUAAUAUUGGAGAUGUGGAGACAGAUGACGAGAUGAAUGAAGCUGAAGAGUACGAAGCUUGGAAGACAAGAGAGCUUGCUAGGAUCAAGAGAGAAAAAGAUAUGUCGAGAGAGAAGGAAGAGAUAGACAAGCUGAGGAACAUGACGGAGCAGGAGAUGGAGAAUCCAAAACCUUCAUCAUCAUCAUCAUCAUCGUCGUCAGCUAAACCGAAAAAGAAAUGGAAGUUUAUGCAAAGAUACUACCACAAGGGCGCCUUCUUCCAGGAGACAGGAGGAUCUGUUGAAACUGACUGUAUAUUUCAGCGAGACUACUCUGCACCAACCGGAGAAGAUAGGUUGGAGAAAUCGGUUCUGCGCGAAGUCAUGCAGGUCAAGAAGUUUGGUCACAGUGGAAGAUCUAAAUGGACUCACCUUGUCAAUGAGGAUACAACAUAUGGUGACAAAAAACCGAAAAAGGAGGAUGGAACAACAAAGUGGAGUGACCCGUGGGAUUGCAAUGGAUUGCUACGCCAAAAGUACAAGAGGAAAAUGGCAGUCAUGGAUGCUCUUCCUAUUGCAAGACCAAAAGGGUGCAAGAAGAUGAAAGCUUGGUGA